GAAUGUUGUGCGCGUAUUUGCAGCCAAGAAAUUCAUGGCCAAGUAUUUUCCAUUUCUGGUUCUCAUUUUAUUUCUUUUCGUUUCUAUUCAGUUUUCAUCAUCAGCUGUUCCUAUCCUAAGGCAAGGCUCGUCUCUGUCCGUGGAGAAUCCAGAUGACAUUUUGGUCUCGCCAAGUGGCGUAUUCUCCGCUGGUUUUUACCCCGUUGGCCAUAACGCUUAUUGCUUCGCCAUCUGGUUCAGCAAGCCUUGCCAUGAUGGUAGCCACACCACAGUUUGGAUGGCAAACCGGGAUACUCCUGUUAAUGGGAGGCGCUCAAAGCUCUCCAUACUGAAAACUGGCCAUAUUAUCUUAACUGAUGCGGGAGAAUUCAUAAUUUGGACGAGCAACAACAGAGAUUCAGAGUCCUGGUCACAGUUAAAGCUCCUUGAUUCAGGUAAUCUUGUUCUCCAAACUCCAGAGAAUGUUACUCUUUGGCAAAGCUUUGAUUCACCAACGGAUACUCUUCUCCCUGACCAACCACUCACCAGGUACAAAAGUCUUGUAUCAGCACGAAGCCAAACUAACUAUUCUUCAGGUUACUACAAGCUGAUAUAUGACUACGAUAACGUUCUUCGUCUUGUCUUGGAUGGUCCUGAAACAUCCAGCAUCUACUGGCCGGAUUCAACCCUCCUGGACUACCAACAAGGAAGAACAAGAUACAAUGACAGCAGAAUAGCAGUGCUUGACUCUCAAGGUUAUUUUACAUCUUCUGACAAACUGGAGUUCCGGUCAACUGAUUUUGGUAGAGGACCAUGGAGAAGAUUGAAGCUUGAUUUUGAUGGUAACCUUAGACUAUACACACUUGAAGAUCAAAAAGGGAUAUGGUCUGUCACAUGGCAAGUUAUGUCUAAUCCCUGUAGAAUACACGGAGCCUGUGGACCAAAUAGUAUAUGUAGCUACGAUCCAAGUUCAGGCCCAAAGUGCUCUUGCCCACCGGGAUUCAAACUGAAAAACCAGGCAGACUGGACAGAUGGAUGCGAACCAGAAUUUGACCUUUCUUGCAGCAAUCAUGAUAUCAAGUUUGUCAAACUCCGUCAUGUUAACUUUUUUGGCUACUAUUACGAUAUUCUCCGUAAUUAUACCUUAAAAGAGUGUGCCAAGGCUUGCUUGGAUUCGUGUUGUAUAGCCUUUCAAUACAGAUAUUUCCCAGAGGAUGGUGCUUAUCGCUGUUAUUCAAAAUGGGAAUUGCGGAAUGGACAUCGUUACUCUAGCUACAAUGGAACCUUGUAUCUGAAACUCCCAAAAUCAUUCACUUACGACAAAGCUGUUGAGGAAUUCAAAUUAAAUUGCUCGAGCAAUCAGACAAAACAGCUGGAAAGAGCUUAUCACAAGGAAACUGGAUAUGGAUCGUUAAAGAUUUUGAUUUGGUGCGCUUCUGUAAUUGGAUUGAUUGAGAUGAUCUGCAUCGUUCUGGUGUUCUGUUUCUUGUAUAAAACCCAGCAAAGUUCUGAUACAGCAACUUGCGGCUACCUUGUUGUUGCGCCUGGAUUCAAAAAAUUCUCCUAUGAUGAGUUGAAAAAGGCAACACGGGGAUUCAGUGAAGAGAUUGGACGAGGGGGAGGUGGGGUGGUUUACAAGGGAGUUUUGUCUGAUCAACGAGUUGCAGCAAUUAAGCGACUCAAUAUUGAAGCUAAUCAAGGAGAAGAGGAAUUUCUUGCAGAAAUAAGCACCAUAGGGAGGCUUAACCACAUGAACCUAAUUGAGAUGUGGGGAUACUGCGCAGAGGGUAAGCAUAGGCUUCUGGUAUAUGAGUACAUGGAAAAUGGAUCAUUGGCAAAGAACCUCAUGUCCGAUUCGCUUGAUUGGAAGAAGAGGUUCCAAAUCGCGGUAGGCACAGCAAAAGGUCUGGCUUAUUUGCAUGAAGAAUGCUUAGAAUGGGUUCUGCACUGUGAUGUCAAGCCUCAAAACAUACUGCUGGAUUCUAACUACAAUCCCAAAGUAGCAGAUUUUGGCCUAUCCAAACUGUUCAAUAGAAACAGUCUUAAAAGUUCAAGCUUUUCCAAAGUUAGAGGAACAAGAGGUUACAUGGCACCUGAGUGGGUUUACAAUCUGCCCAUCACCUCCAAAGUAGACAUCUACAGCUAUGGAAUUGUCCUCCUGGAGAUGUUAACAGGGAGGAGCCCAGCAAUAGGUGUUCCUGCGGUUAAAAACAGUGGAGAAGUAUGGCACCAGAGUUUAGAAGAAUGGGUUAAAGGGAAGAAAAAUGGAGCUGCUGCAACAACGUCUUGGGUAGUAGAGCUCAUAGACCCUGCCAUUGGCUACGAUUAUGACAGAAAUAAAUUGGAAAAUCUGCUGGAGGUGGCUAUAAAGUGUACAGAAGCCGACAGACACGCAAGACCAUCCAUGAGCCGAGUAGUUCAAAUGCUUAUAGGUGACAAAAUUGAUCCUAAUUAGCAGCGACAAUAAUAAAACUGCAGGACACCCUGACAGGCCUUGUUAGGUGCGUCCCAGUAUCUUUCCAAUAGUUAGGAUUUCUCUGUAAACAUAUAAUUUUGUUUUAGUGUCUAUUAAUUAUUAAUGCAAUUCUAGCUACAUCGGAAAUUCAACGCAAUGAGAACCUUAUUCGAGUUCUGGAAUAAGUCGAUGGGUUGUGGAUCCUUCUGUUGCCUUUUUUAUUCUUGUAUUGGUCUUUUGCUUUGUGGCUGUGAAUGUGCAGGUUAAGGGCUGGAACUUUUUGUUUUUCUUUUGUACCAGCCGGUUGGUGGAUC